AUGUCCCUCGAACCCUUCCUCACGAACCUCUCCUUCGCCCAAUCUAAGGCCAAGUUCACCCCCGAGGUGCAAACCGCCUCCGACCCCGUCAACGCCGACCUCCUGAAGGCUAUCGUCGAGGCUGUUCUCGCCGGCGGCGACGAUGCCUCUGCCGAGGGCGAGCAGGGCAAGGCUCUGAAGGCCGGGUUUGAGUUUGCAGCUGCGUUGGUGAAGAUGUUGGAGAAGGAGCCGAGUACGGAUGAGAAGCUGGCGCUGUAUGCGUACUUCAAGCAGGGUCAUGGACAGAAGGUUGAGAAGCCCGGCAUGUUUGCUCUUGAGGCCAAGUACAAGUACGCCGCGUGGGAGAAGAUCAGCCACAUCAGCGCUGCCCGGGCCCAGGCCCUGUACAUCCAGGAGGUCAGCAAGCUCAUCGAGCAGAUCGGAACCCGUGACGCCUAA